AUGAACUUACUUCCUCUAUUUUCUAUCCUUCUAGCUCUCUUCAUUACUUCAUUAGAAGCACAUCGAGGAAGAUCCAGAAAGGAUGGAAGACACGAUCACUUCUUAUCCAUUGAGUCUCCUUCUUCUUCGUCUUCUCAUGAUUCCUCUUCUGACGAGGUUGAAUCAACAAGAGGCUCCGGAAAAAGAAGACAUCAGAAGACAAAACCACCUCCAGUAGCACAGGAUCAAGUUGAGGAGAAGUGUCCGGCGGAUUGGUUGACAUUCAAAAGGCCACAAGGGAAAUGCCUUCUUCUAUUUCUCUCCCUUAUUGGGAUUACUGUAUCCAUUAUUGUUGGUGGAGGUGGCGGUGGUAGAGGUCACUUUGACGAUGACAGUAGACACUAUAGUGGCGGUAGGGAUAGUAGUGACAGUAGUGACAGUCACGAGCACCAUCCACAUCCCCAUAGACCACCACGCCCAUCAAGACCAAACCCACCUAGAGAGCUAACCAAAUGUCCCGAUAACUGGAUGCUAUUCAAAAGGCCUCAAGGGAAUUGGUGUGUUGGGCUCUACAAUGCUCUGAUCGACCAGUUGAGUGCUGAGCAACGAUGUAGGACACUUAAUGCAACACUCACCGGAUUGCAGACAAACGAAGAGAGAAUGAAAUUAGCAGAUGCCGCUAGAGCACUUCUACUGCCAACCAGUGUAACGGAUGCAGCAAUUUGGUUAGGUGCUAAGAGGAAACCAGAGUGUCCGAGAGCGGGAAUUUGUUUGCCGAAGGACACUUUCAACUGGACUGAUGGGCAUACAACUGGAACUGAUGGAUUUGUGUAUUUUCCUGGGGAGCCGAAUGGAAAGAUUGAUAACACUUGGGGUGUGCAAUCUUGUAUUCAUCAAUUGAUUUUCCCACGCGGACCGACUCACUGGUUCUGGGUUACAGUGACACAUGGAGAACUUGACGAUACUUUUUGUCAAGAAGCGAAUGUAUUUCCCGGGACAAAGUUGUACGCAUGUGGAAAGAAGGCGACUCGAUAA